CAUAAGGACAUUAAAUACUGAGUACCACAGUUUGGUCCCGGGCCCGGCCUCCGGCUGGCUGGUGGCACCUGGCCAUUUGUCUCCGCCAGCCAAGGCCUGGCCCUGGUUUCCACGAUACCGGGAAUGCCCCACAGUUCGUCUUCACACCUGUUAGGGGGUUCUCCACUCCCGCCACCAACGCCGCCGGAGCCCCCCGCAGCACUCGCCCGGGGCCUGCAGAGAUGGCCAGAGGGGACCCGGCGGCGCGCAGGGCCUUUCGGAGCCGACCCCUGUAAGCCCUGGCGCGGGAGGCUGGGCGGGGCGGGGGCCCCGGAAGGCGGGAGAGGUCGAGCCGGGCGGAGAGGGGUAUGGGAAGGGCCGGGGGAAGGGCCGUCUCCGCUGGCGUAACGCUCCCGGAGCCUGCGGCAGAGGCGGCGGGGCUGAGCCGUGGAGAGGAUGGGGCUGCCCCUAGCCUCGGCUCUCUUCCCUGCAGCCCCGGCAUCACCUCCCCUCGCCCGGCCGGGCCAUUCCUUAGGCCGCACAGGGUGAUCGCGGGAGCGGGCGGGAGGCACCUCGCCCUGGACUGGAGAGGAGGGCGCGGCGGGGCCACGGCACGGGGACUCCUAGUGUCCCGGGAGACCCGCGCGUCCCCCAAGCGCCCGGGAGACCUUGAUCCGGACGGAGCUACGUGCGCAGCCCCCGGGGGUGGCCGGCGGCCGGGAGGAGGUGCGGGGCUCGGCCGCUCGGCCCCGGGCACCCGAGUAGCCCAUGGCGGGCAGCGACGUGGCGUGUGAGGAACCCACGCGGAGGGGAGGCGCGACCGGGAGACCCGGGGCUCCUGGCGGGCUGGGCAGCCAGGCAGCGGCCAGCAGCUCCGAGCCGCUGUCCGCUGCUGAAGCUCCGGCGGAGCGCGGCGCGCUGCCCGCCUGGAUGCGCCUGUACUUCUACGGGAUGCACGGCAUCACCCUGGACGUGCUGGUGUCCUCCGCCAGGCGCUUCGCCCGCAGCCUGGACCUGCGGAUGCUGGGCUUCUCAUCGCCCUACCGCUGCCUCCUGCACUCGCUCACCCACUUCGCCCUGGAACAACUCUACCUGCAGCGGCCGCGCUGCCCCAGCGCCUUCCUCUUCAAUUUCCUGCUCUACCCUUGGGCGCACGUGGGGCUGCAGACCCUGGCCGGCCAGGCGUUGCUGCUCAGCCUAGGCGGAGGUCCGGGGGGCGCGGCGGCGCCCGGGGCGCUCGACCUGGCGCUGCAGUACGUACUGGCGCUCUACCACGGCCAAGUGUUCUUGAAGCGCUUCCUGCGUUUGCGGUACCCGCGGCAGCGCCAGCAGCAAACUAGGGACACGCUACCGGCAGCCCCGGACGCCCGAGUCCUUUUGGAGGCUGGUGGCUGGCGACAAGGACCCCGCGGCCCCAAGGGAGCAGCAGGAGCCCCUAGCCAAGGACUGCCAGACGUCCUCCGUUUCCUUUUCUUCGGAAUGCACGGCUUUCUGGAUGAGAUCUUCUUCACCUUCUUCUUCAAUGUGCUGGGGCAGGGGGACGGGGCCAGCGGUGGACACACAUCUCUCUGGUCCUUCUUCAUGUAUGGCAGUUGUAGUUUUGUGGUGGAGAAACUCUACUUCCACCUUCACUACAGCCGUGGUUGGGGCACCUGGAAGCGGGUGCCCAUCUAUGUGAUCUUUAUCUAUGCCUGGGAGUUGUCCUGGGGUCUAGGACUUCGCAUGUGUGGGGCCUGUUCCUGGGACUAUUCUCACUAUCCACUCAAUUUCAUGGGCCUCAUCACUCUGAUGUAUUUACCUGGCUGGCUAUUCCUUAGUGUGUACCAGGACUUACUGUCCAACGUGUUGUGGCGGGUGCAAUAUGUCCCAACAAACUAAGAUUGGGGGGGGGGGGGGAAGAAA